AGUCUAACUCAUUACUUAAAAGUGAAACAAUACAGUACUACUUAUUGUAUAUAAACAUAAACAAAGAAAAACAUUAAAGUUAAUUUCAAUGAUGAUUUAGAUACAUAUAAAAAGAAAAGAUGAUAUAACAGUUCGGAAAGAUUUAAUACGUCAUUGGUGGAAAUCCAACUUUAAUUGAGGUGGUAGUUUAAGAUUUCCGCAGUGAACUUUUAAGCACGAAAGAAAACAAAUACAAAUGUACACUUCUUUAUGUGAAAGAAACAACAAAUCAUAUUAAAUCGUGUUGUAAUUGAAAACUUAACAAACAGACUAGGAAUACGUUAGGGUAGAGGCAGAAAAAUAAGCGACAGAGAUAGACAAUGUGAAAUACAGACUUUAGAGACUACGAAAAAAAAAAAAUACCGACAGAAAUAGAAAUUAAGAGACCAUAACUGUGUAAGCGAGAGAAAAAAUACCAUUAAAAUAAGCGUGAGAAAAUAGAAGCGAGUCAUUAGUGAAAUAAGCGGAAGUAAAUACAAUAGCGCCAGCAAAAAGAAUAUGCGAUAGUGCCUAAUAUAGAGACAACAAAAUUAUAAGCCAGAAUACAGUGUCAUGUAUAUAAAACACGAAAAGUAAGCGACAAACGUUCAAUAGAGAGCAUAAAAAUAAGCAAGGAAAAUAAGAAGAGAGAACACGAAAAUUAAGUGAAAAAUAAGCGAAACACAAAUAGAAACGGAGAAAAAGCGUAAUAUAAGAAAAAAAGCAACAAAGACUUCAAUAAUAUUAGAUUUGUGUUUUAGUAAUGUUAUGUAAAAACUCAUUACUAUGGAAACAAAAAUACAAAUUAUCGUAGCCACUGUAAUAGGCAUUGUGGGAAUAAUUGUUGGAGUUUCACUUAUUUUAUUUGCAGUGCUCUAUAGGCGAAAAUUAGUAAAGAAAAGCAAUGGAUUUGCUGUAACUUACCGGAAGCGUAACCGGAACAGUGGAGCAGACGACCGCGUGAGCAUAAAUAUCGGACAAAGACAUAUUAUAAAUUAUGACGAAUUCUCUUUAGCUAGUAAAAGCAGAUGUUCGCGACCAGCUAGUUGGAAAAGUCAAAGCGAAGUACAGUUAAGGCCAAAAUUACACCAGGCAGUCUGGAAUCAUAGAUCGAGCAGAAUUGGCGAACACAUGUCCACCACACGAAAAAUUUCUCAAGGACACAAUGGCCAUAAAAUUCAUGAAGAUUUCAGUGAAAGAAGAAAAAGCAGUAGCAGAAGCCUAAGUUAUAGUCCAAGUGCAUGCGCAGGUCAAGAACUUGAAACUGUUCUAAGACACCAUUCGGACACUGUGGAAAUGCGACAAAUUCCAAGACCAAAUGUUCGGCCAUAUAAAAAUGAACUGUAUGAAAAUAUCGAAAGCGUAUACGACCAUAUUAAACUAUAAGUAGAUUAGGAUGUUGGACACCUCAUGAAAAGGGUAUUCAAAAGCAUACACUUAUUUCUGGAAUCAAGGGGAGACUAUAAAAUUGUACUGUGUACAUUUGUUCCUUUACAUACUAUACUUGCUCCUUGCUCCUGAGACAACACUAAAGUAACAUAUUGUCCAUUGGAUUACAUAGUCCAUUUAUCAAUCUGUACUAAUUUUAGCUGUUUUACACUAUUUAUUAAAAAGAUGUGUGAUGAACAAAUUUUUUUCUACAAUUUAAUAUGAUGUGGUCUUAAUUGUAUCUUUGAUAAACUGCGAUGUAAAUAUUGCCUUGUAUCUUUUAAGACAAUGUUGAAGAACGUUUGUUUUAUUUUAUUUUACUUAUUAAAGAUGUAAUCUAAUCUUAGUACAAGUGUUUUAUCCUGAUAGAGUCGCGUACAGUCUCAAUGUACCUAACAAGAAACAAUAACAAAGGCAAGUGGUAUUGUGUAAAUCAUUUUACUUUAUACAGUCCGAAUUCUUAUUGAUGUCAUUCGUUUAAAUAUAGAAGUAAUUCAUUAUAUAAUAAAUAAAAAUAUCAAUAGACGGUGACCGAGAAAAGGUUAAAUUAUAAAAUUGAUUUUUUCCGGUGAAGCAGUCUUAAAUAAUCGAUUUUGACCUACAUUUGUAACAAAUGGAUUAAUGAUGCUUUAAAAUAAUAUCAACCAUUGGUUGAAAGUACUCUCUUUAACAAUAUUGCAGAUAUGAUUAUGUUUAUUAAUAUCGACUGACAAAAAAUAAAAAGCCUUUUUUAAGCUAAUUAAUAUUUUUUUUUUUGCGUUCGAUUUUUAAUAUUAUGAUUAAGCAGCGACAUUCCAGCUUUUCUGUUGGUGAAAGACCUCGCAGACUCUUCUAUGCAUUAUUUAACAUUUAGUCUGCUGGUCGUAAAUCUACCGUUAAUCCGUUCACCCGUGCCGUCUGAUCACUGUCUGAACUGUUAGCUCACAUUUUGAAACUUUCCUAAAAAAUUUGAAUGGUUAUGUCCAGACUGAAAGACGGACAAGUCCAUUGUAUGAUAUUUAGCGUGGUCAGGGUUAAUGCAAGAGCGGGAACCUAUGUAGCAGGAUUCGAACCCAUAUAGUAAGAAACGGGCAAUGUAAUGC